CUAAAUAAACUAUAGCUGUAUUAUUUUAUUGUAGUUCUUUUUUUAACCAUAUCAACUACUAAAUAAAUAUGGAUGCAGUGAAUAGGUUAGGAACAGAAAGCCCAGUGGUGAUAUUCAGCAAGAGCAAUUGUUGCAUGUCUCACAGUAUCGAAACCCUAAUUCGUAAUUUUGGGGCGAAUCCGACGGUGUAUAAGCUUGAUGAAAUUCAGAAAGGCAAGAAGAUGGAGAAAGCUUUAAUUCAAAUGGGUUGCAAUCCUAGUACCCCAGCUAUAUUUAUUGGGAAGGAAUUUGUUGGUGGUUCUGAUGAAGUGAUGAGUCUCAAUGUUAAAGGGAAGUUGAAGGAAUUGCUCAUUAAGGCUAAUGCUAUUUGGGUAUAGACUAGAACUAUGGCUAACUCUAUGUUGCUCGAGCUCUUCAAAAAUGAAAUCGCAAUAGUGUCGGAUUCUUCAAAAAAUAGACUGCUUUUUAAAAGAAUUUGGCACGUAUCAUUCGAUAUUAUUAAAGAAUCCAAGCAACAUAGGACUCACGUAUGUAUGUAUGUAUGAGUGCUUACUGUUUACAUGCAACUAGAAAGGUGUUGUUUUGUUGUUGUUAUUGCUAUUCAGUGCUAGUUGCUUUUUUUCAAUUUUAGUGUACUAAAUAAUGGCUUUUUUUCCUUAAAAAUUAUGUAUAUUGAUUAGUCAAUAAAUAGUAUUGUCUA